UAAGUCAGGAGAGAGAAAGAAGAAGAAAAAAAAACAAAGACCGUUAGUUGAUAGCAUAAGAAAGGAAGCAGCAAAGCCAAACUGCCCCGUAAGAGGUUAUGCUCUGUCUUAACAAGAAAACAAACUAACUCUCUUCUCUCCUUCCGAGAAACCAGACUCGUCUUCUAAUUUCCUUUCUGAAAGAUAGAGAGAGAGAUCGAUUCAAGGAGGAUGGUUGAGAUGGCUACUGGGUCGUCGACGACGACGAUCCAAAACUCGGGGGCUUCUUUAUCGUCGUCGGAGUCAAGAUUGACGAAUUAUCCACUGAUCUCUGCAUUUCUUGCCUUCGCUAUUGCCCAAUCUAUCAAGUUUUUCACCUCCUGGUAUAAGGAAAGACGAUGGGAUCUUAAGCAACUAGUUGGAUCUGGUGGGAUGCCAUCCUCACAUUCUGCUACAGUUGCUGCUCUUGCCAUGGCCGUUGGAUUCCAAGAGGGCUUCGGAGGAUCGUUGUUUUCGAUUGCAUUGAUAUUAGCAUGCGUUGUGAUGUAUGAUGCAACAGGUGUAAGACUACAGGCUGGACGCCAAGCAGAGGUCCUGAAUCAAAUCCUGUAUGAACUCCCUGCUGAACAUCCUCUUUCUGACAGCAGACCGCUGCGUGAACUUCUUGGGCACACCCCGCCUCAGGUUAUUGCUGGCGGUUUGCUUGGUCUUGUCACAGCAGUUAUUGGCCAUCUGAUCACGAUCCUGACAACUAGUCGAAGUUGAUACCUGACGAGAUCAGAGAUACAACGCACCAUAUAGCUGAUUCUAAAGUUCAGAUCACUGAAAGGACAGAAACUUGGAGACCUGUAAUUGUAGUGGUGCAUAAAAGCUCAAACGCUGAGAACUCGAGAUUGUGUAGUCUCAAAUGCAGCAUAGUUGCUCUUCCAUUGAACGUACCUUAUAUUCAUUCUAGUUGCAGCAUUGCAGUAUCUGAUGUAAUCAUCAUGCAUGUUGAACUCAUCCCAUUGUUUUUACCGGUAUAUAAUUCUUGCAGAUUGCAAAAGCAA